AUGAAGCUUGUAAGGUUUCUAAUGAAAAUUAAUCAUGAAACAGUAACAAUAGAGUUAAAGAAUGGGACUGUGGUUCAUGGUACUGUUUGGGGUGUAGAUAUGAGCAUGAAUACGCAUUUGAAGAGCGUUAAAAUGACCGUCAAGAAUCGCGAACCCGUAACUUUAGAUACUCUUGCUAUCCGUGGCAACAAUAUUCGUUAUUUUAUUCUACCUGAUAAUUUAGCACUGGAUCAGUUACUUGUCGACGAUUCACCAAAAAUGAAAGCAAAGAAAAGAGCAGAAAUUACUAUGAGUCGAGGUCGAGGCCGCGGUAGAGGCGGACCAGGAGUUGGAGGUGGAGGUCGCGGUAGAGGCCGCGGCGGACGUGGUGGAAAAUUCGGCGGUCGGCGCUGA